AUGCGGCGGAACGGAGCCCCGCCCAGGGCCCUCGCCCACCAUGGCGCUGCCGGCAGUGGAUCCCAGGGCGCCCAGCAGCAGCAGCAGCAGCAGCAGCAGCAGCAGCAGCAGCAACAGGGGCAGCAACAGGGGCAGCAGCAACAGGGGCAGCAGCAGCAACAGCAGUACAGUGUCCCGGAUUCCGCCUCGUCCUUGAUCAGGUCAUUCAAUGUCGAGACGAACCCGACGCGGCCCAUGCGCCCAUCCCCACUGACGGCUUCGACCAUUCCGGACAUGCCGCUAGACCUCGUGGACCGCAUCCGUUCCUUCCCCCUCUUUAUCUCUGCGCCAGACGACUUCCUCGCCGCCAUUGGCGCCCACUUAAGACCCCAGGUUCACUCCGCCCACGACCACAUCCUGACCGAGGGAGACGAAGCAAAAGCAAUGUACUGGCUGGUCCGCGGCGUCGUCGCCGUCACCAGCCGCGACGGCGAGGCCGUCUACGCCGAGCUGAAGCCCGGCGCAUUCUUCGGCGAGAUCGGCGUGCUCAUGAACGUCCCCAGGACCGCCACCAUCAUCGCGAGGACGAAAUGCCUGCUCGUCGUGCUCAAGAAGGAGGACCUCCAGGCCGAGCUCCCCAAGUUCCCGGAUAUGGAGAAGGCUAUUCGGCAGGAGGCCGAGGAGAGGUUGACCAUCCUGCAGAAGAAGCGCAACGAAAACGGCAACGGCGCCAGAGUCCAGAGCGACAGCGGCGCCUCCAAGCUGGCGAGGGAACCGGCUCCCGGCGAGGUGAGCACGGGGGAGGUUGGCGCCAUCAAGGAAGGGACGGUGGUGAACACCAAGAAGCGCAAGUCGCCAAGCCCUGGCGUGAUCGAAGACCUGGCGGUGGGGGGCAGCGCCCUGGGCAGCGGUUAUGUCAGCGUGCGCAGGACGCUCAAGGAGCUUCCGCUGUUCUCGACGUUGCCCCCGGACAUCCUCCACUUUCUCGGCCUGAGCGCGCAGCCGAAAUCAUACACGCCCUUCACCGACAUCGUCCGGCAGGGCAGCCCCGGGAACGACAUCUUCUUCAUUGUCCGGGGCGAGGCCGAGGUGAUCCACGAGAUAUCAAACGGGCUGGGUCCCAAGAAGUUGACGAGACCGUCGUAUGUCCGCCCGCGCUUGAAGCAGGGGCAAUACUUUGGGGAGGUUGCAAGCCUGGGGCUGUCUGACGGGCGGACUGCGACGGUGCGAUCAAUCACGACGGUGGAGUGUCUCAUGAUCGGCGGCGAUGCGUUGGACGAGCUGUGGAGCCGGUGCCCGCCUGGGAUCAAACUCCAGGUCGAAGAGACGGCGAGGAAGAGGUAUCUCAAGUCGGACGAAGAAGACGUGGAGAUGCCGGACGCAGCAGAGCCACGGGCGGCGGGGUCUGACGAAGACGAUAAUGAGCCGCGCACUCCCGAGCAAACAACAUUGCCCCAAGUCACAUUUACUACCCCCUCAAAACCAGCAUCGCCGACCAAGGACGAGGCGCAGACUCGCCAGCCUUCGGACCCUGACCCCUACUUGAGCGUCGACAUGGAGAACCUUCGCAACCGUCGUCGCAAUUCGCUCGCCCCACCGACGCCGCCGCCGCAGCAGCAGCAGCCCGACGUGACAUCACCAACGUCUCCCGUUAAUGGCAUCAGAACGCAUACCCUGGACACCAGCAGCAGCAGGCCGAUAAAGCUCUUUCCCCCAGUGUCGACAUCAUCGGCGACCCCACCGGAAGACGCUCCAAUCCCGUCGAAACGUGCCAGGACACUGGCCCGGCGGCCAUGUAGCUCCGCCGGGGAGAAGCAGCAGAAGGUGACCUCCCUCCCCGACGACAUCCUCAUAGCCAUGUUCCAACAGCUGGACAUAUUCGAGAUGCUCCGGCUCCGAGCGGUGUCUACCCACUGGCGGCGCCUCCUGACCGAGAGCCCCAGGCUCUGCACGCACGUCGACCUGAGCUCCUUCAACCGCAGGGUGUCGGACUUCACGCUCGCGCACGUGCUGGCGCCGUUUAUCGGGUCGCGGGCCGUCGAGAUUGACGUUAGCAACUGCUUCCACAUCACCGACGAGGGCUUCCAGGCGCUCUGGCGGCGGUGCGGCCGCAGCGUCAAGUGCUGGAAGAUGCGUAGCGUCUGGGACGUGUCGGCGAGCCAGAUACUGGAGAUGUGCGAGAACGCAAAGGGGCUCGAGGAGGUGGACUGGAGCAACUGCCGCAAGGUCGGCGACAACCUGCUCGCGAGGGUGGUCGGCUGGGUCGUCCCGGAGGCGCCCUCGCCGCCCGCGCGGGAGGCCAUGAUAAUGAGGAAUGUGAUCAUCGCCAGCUCCAGCGCCAGGUCCCGCUCGCAGCGGGGAUCCCAGCGGCAGAAGGCAGGACAACAACAGCAGCAGCAGCAGCAGCAGCCGGAGGGCCAAUCCGCAGCAACCCCGUCAACCCCACCCCCCGUCCCCCCUCCGCCGGCGCCGGGCACCGUCAUCGGCUGCCCGUCCCUCCGGCGGCUCAAUCUCUCGUACUGCAAGCACAUCACGGACCGGUCGAUGGCGCACCUCGCGGUGCACGCGUCGUCCCGGCUGGAGCGGCUAUCCCUGACACGGUGCACAUCCAUCACGGACGCCGGUUUCCAGUCGUGGGCGCCGCACCGCUUCACGACGCUGACGCACCUCCGGCUCGCCGACUGCACGUACCUGUCGGACAACAGCAUCGUGGCGCUCGUCAGCGCCGCCAAGAACCUGACGCACCUGGACCUGUCCUUCUGCUGCGCGCUCUCCGACACGGCCACCGAGGUCGUCGCCCUGGGCCUCCCGCUGCUGCGCGAGCUGCGCCUCGCCUUCUGCGGCAGCGCCGUCGGCGACGCGAGCCUCGGCUGCGCCGCCCUGCACCUCAACGAGCUGCGCGGCCUCAGCGUCCGGGGCUGCGUGCGCGUCACGGGCGUCGGCGUCGAGAACGUGCUCGAGGGCUGCGGCCGCCUCGAGUGGCUCGACGUCAGCCAGUGCAAGAACCUCGCCGGCUGGCUGGCCGGCGGGGGGGUCGCGAGGUGGGGGUUCGACGAGCGCCGCCGCGGCGCCGUAUUAUCCGACAAUAGCAGCAGCAGCCCCGGGCCCGAGGCGCGGGGAGGCAUGAUCGGGCCCGGCGGUGUCGGCGGCGGCGGUGGACGUGGCGGCAACAACAGACCCGACUCCGGGAAGGCGAUGGUGCGCACGAAGGGGAUGAGCGUCAAGCCGUUGGGGCCGGGCCCGGUGAUGAGACCCGUCAUUCCGCCGAGGGGGAUGAGCAGCCGUCGCAGGAAGCCGGUCAGGUUCAUUGUGGAGAAGGGGUUUGGGGGUCUGCGUUGA